AUGCCGUACCUGGCUCACUCAGCUCACCUGCAGCUGGUGGGCCUGUGGGUGGGAUGCGUGGGCUGGAUCCUCACGGCGGUGGCCCUGGGCCUGGUGCAGUGGAGGGUGUGGCAUGUGCUGGACGUGACGGUCAUCACCUCGGGCGUGGCCUGGGUGGGCAUUUGGAGGACGUGCUUCUACAGCCGGGUGCUCCUCACCUCUGACAGCCAGGACAUGUUCUGCCAGGCCAUGGGGCUGCUGGACUCGUUCGCGCCCCCGGAGAUCCCCACGGCCCAGGUGCUGAUGAUGCUGGCGCUGGUGGCGGGCUUGGGCGGGAACGCCAGCGCCGUGUACGGCCUCCGCUGUGUGUACUUCGGCCUGGAGGAGCGCCAGCCGAUCAGGACGGCCUUCUCGCUGGCGGGUGCCCUGAGCAUGCUGGCGGGGGGCUGCUCCCUCCUGCCCCUCUCCUGGAACCUCAACUCUGUGGUGGCCAAUCACAGCAUAAGCUUCCCCGCCCACUUUCACAUGCCCGACGCCCCCGUGAGGCAGGAAGCGGGGGCGGGGAUCGGGGUGGGGAUCACCGCCUCCAUCCUGCUGAUUGGCAGCGGUCUGAUGUUCCUGUCCUACAGGUUUCCAGCCAGUCCCAAGGUCUCUCCGUCGCCGGAUCUCUCCAGCAUCGGCACGUCAGGCCUGCAGGAGUGCUCAGCGGUGUCCCUUCACAGCAGAGACAACCCUGCCUUUGAGUCUCAGGAGAGCUUGCAGGACUCAGGCCCAAAUGCUCAUCCAGUUUCCUGA